AUGGAUAAGGCAGACGACAGCUCAAGACAAGUUUCAAAAUGGGCAAAUCUACACAGAGACAUACUUGUCAUUAUCUUCUAUAAGCUCGAUGUAAGGGACCUUACUAUGGGAGCUUCACGCGUCUGCAUCACUUGGUUCCUUGCCUCUCACGACAAAACAUUAUGGAACACUGUUGAUCUAGCCAAGUUCCGACAAGUAGACGGAGAAAGCCUAAGCCUUAGGAAUUUUCUGAAUAAGAUCAUCAAGUUUUUUGACAUUCAUGAAACACGCAGAAAUCUCACGAAUAUAACCAAGUUGAGCCGAAGUACCCCAAAGAAUUUGUUCUUUGACUAUGAUGCCUAUAUAGAAGAGGAGGAUCUCAUGUUCGCUGCUGAGAGGAUGCCAAACAUAGAGAAACUUGUUUUACCGCGCUGGAGCUUCCAAACCAAGAAUUCAUACCAGUUUGCAUUCAGUCAAUGGAAGAAUCUUGAAACACUGAUCAUCGCUAAUGAUUCCAGUUUAACCGGGAAACUAGGGUUUCAAGAAGUGGGAGAGAACUGCAGUAACCUCAUCAACUUGAAAUAUAUGGGUGAUUUCGAAAAAAACACUGCUGAGAACAUCGUGCGUUACCUCAAGAACAUCAAGAGGUUGAGUCUGCGAUGUUCCUCCAUCAGCCAUCUAGGAGUUUUGUUAUUAAUCAGAGGCCUUAAGAACCUUGCGAUCCUCAAUCUUUCACAUUGCAGAGAGUCGGAAUGGGAUCAUAUUCGCAAUCUUGAGAUGGUUACUAUUGGCAAUCUUGAACAAGCCGCCACUCAGAAGCAAGUCAUAUUUUUAGGAUGUUCAUUAAACUUAAACAAUUGUAGAGUCUGCAAAGAGAGGCCAUAUUGUAGGUUCUGGCCGUAUGGCAUUAAGAAUUGGCGAAAUGAUGAGAUAAAGGAAUUUGAAUUUUGA